AUGCGCGAAAAAAUCAAAGCUGAGCUUGACAAGAUGGAAUCACAAGGAGUCAUUCGCCGUAUUGAAGAACCUACAAACUGGGUAAGCUCUCUUACAUAUGUCACCAAACGUGACAACACAAUAAGAGUUUGCCUAGACCCACGAGCACUAAACAAAGCUCUCAUACGGCCAUACCACCAAAUUCCGACUGUCAAAGAGCUCAACCAUCGAUUUGCAGGAGCAAAAUUCUUCUCAAAACUGGAUGCUAAGCUCACCUACAACAAGGGAUCUGACAACAUCUUGGCUGAUGGACUAUCACGCCUACCAUCACCCGGUAAUUCGGACCCUAUCGAGCUUGAUGUCCGGGUUGAUACUGUCCGUUUCUCUAGUGAUCGCAUUGAACAACUGAGAAACUGCACAACAGCGGAUCCUUUGCUUAACCAGCUGAGAGAGACCAUCAUCACUGGAUGGCCAGAGACAAUCAAGCAGCUGCCCACUGACAUCAGAGUGUUCUGGGGUCUAAGAGACCAGCUCUCAAUUGAUGAUGGCCUUAUCCUCAAAGGACAACAAAUCGUCAUUCCCCAGACACUUCAAGACAUCCUAAAACAGCUUCAUACCGCUCACUUAGGACAGGAGAAAACAAAAUUCCUUGCCAAGGACACUGUCUACUGGGUAAACAUAAACAGAGACAUCGAGCAGUUCACAAAGUCAUGCAGCAUCUGCCAACAACAUAAGCCAUCCCAAAUGCAAGAGCCCCUUAUGCAACAUGACAUCCCAACAAAGCCAUGGGACAUAGUUGGCACAGACCUGUUUGAUCUCCAUGGAAGUCAAUGGCUGAUCAUAGCCAACUAUUACUCCAAGUACCCGGUAGUCAAACACCUACCUGCUCACUCACCAAGCAGUGUUACAGUAAACACCACACGCCAAGUCUUUGCAGAGUUUGGGAUACCAUCAAAGGUAGUCAGUGACAAUGGACCACACUUCUCAAGUCACCUCUACCGUGAAUUCGCCAAAGAAUGGGGUUUCCACCAUGAGACCACUUCACCUCGGAGACCACAGGGAAAUGGUUUCAGAGAACGGCAGAUAAGAACUGUCAAGAACAUCCUCAAAAAAAAAGCCAAGAAGUGGGAACAACGCCUGAAAUUGUGCUGCUGCACUGGCGCUGUACUCCAAUUUCAAGCGCCAUACCAAGUCCUGCACAACUACUCAUGGGUAGACGAAUUCAAUCUCCACUGA